AAAAAAAAAAAUGCAACCAAGACAGUUUUGUUUCCUUGCUCUUUCUUUCUUACAUUAUUCUUUUCUUCUCUUUUUAUACUUUUGACCAUUUUUGUUUUUGGUGUCACUCAUGUCUAUAUUAUUGAAAAGAAACUCUGUAUUGACUAAAUCUUUAGUUGGUUUGACAUGUAGAUCACUUACAACAGCUAAAGCCAAUGGAUUUCAAGAAUUGGAUCCACUUCACCAAGGUCAUCGAUUUGCAAAAGUACCUCAACGUCAACUAUUAGAAAUGGAAGGACCUGACUCUACCAAGUUUUUACAAGGAUUGAUUACCAAUCAUAUGCCACUGAUCUCUGCUGGUGGUGAUGGGUUUUAUACUGCUUUUUUGACUCCUCAGGGUCGAACACUAUAUGAUGUCUUUAUUUAUCCCGUGAACGUUGGUGAAAACUUUCCUCACCAAAAAUUCAUCUUGGAUUAUCCUUCCAAUGAUAUAUCUGGGUCUUUAUUACGACACUUGAAACGUUAUGUUCUUCGAUCCAAGGUCAAAAUGAGGGAUGUCUCUGAUGAAUAUUCUUUAUAUCAUAUAUGGGGUCACUCUCACAAGGCGACUUUGGAUAUGCCUGUACCUGUUGGCGGCUUGAUCAAGAAGAAUACAAGAUGGUCAGAUAUUGGUUGUAUUGAUCCUCGUGUCCCUGGAUUUGGUUAUAGAGCUGUGAUACCAAAUAAUCAAAAUAUCGACAAUAUCUUGCCAUCUGAUGAGUACUCGGAAUUGCCUGCUGAAGAAUACACCAUUCGUCGUUUACUACAAGGUAUUCCUGAAGGUGUAGAUGAUAUAUGGCCUGAACAAUCCUUACCUUUGGAAUCAAAUCUCGAUUAUAUGAAUGGAGUGGAUUUCCGUAAGGGCUGUUAUGUUGGACAAGAAUUGACUAUUCGAACUUACCAUACUGGGGUUGUUCGCAAGCGUAUUGUUCCUGUACAAUUAUACAAACCAGGCGAUAAUAUACCUCAGACUCAAAGUGUGAAUCGUCAAGUAACCUUACCCACCGAUUAUCGACCUCAAUUAGAUAUUAAUUUGACUAAUGGAACAAGUAAACGUGGUGUUGGAAAAACUUGCUCAGGUAUACACAACAUUGGAUUGGCAUUGAUGCGUUUGGAACAUAUUGAAAAAUGUGCUCAUAAUGACUCAAUUGGAUUCAAGAUCAAAGAUUCUGAAAUUCUUCUUCGCCCUUUCCUUCCCUCUUGGUGGACUUCAACAACAGAAGAAUAAAUGCCAACCUAUUCAAUCCUUUUUUUUUUUCCUUUCUUUCCUGUAAAUCAUUCCUUUCAUGUUAUUUAGUCCUUUUUAUAUCCUUUUAUAAUAAAUCAUGUUUUAUAUUAUCACA